UUCCAAACCGAACUCGCCAGCGCCGCCGCGGCACGCCACGCCACGCCACGCCCUUGCUCCACCCCCAAUGUCCCUUCCCCGCCGCCUCGCCGCCAGCGAACUCAUCGCCGCAAUCCGCGACGCCUCCUGCCCUUCAUCAGCCCUCCGUCUCUACUCCCUCCUCCGCGACACCGCCCGCCUCGAGGAUCGCUACCGUCUCGCCUGGCCCGCCGCCGUCUUCGUCGUCAAGCACCUCACGGCCGCCGCCUCCCUCCCCCUGCUCUCCCACUUCCACGCCCACCUCCUCAGGUCCAAUCUCCUUGCCUACUCUCACGUCGCCUCCUCCCUCCUACGCGGUUACUCACUCCUUUCACCCGCACUCGCCCGCCACCUGUUCGAUGAAAUGCCAUCCUCCACCUGCAACCUGGUCGUCGUCAACGUUAUGCUCUGGUCCCUCUGCCGAUCGUCCGACCUCGCUUCCGCGCGAGCCUUCUUUGAUUCCAUCCCUAACAAGGACGCGGCCUCUUGGUCGACCAUGCUUGCAUGUUAUUUCUCCCACAAUCACCUAGCCGAUGGCCUUGCUUUCUUCCGCACAAUGACAAUCACCACCCAAGUUGUUGCAGACCAUGUGAUGCUCGUCACCGUUCUCACGGGUUGUGCAUCGGCUGGCUUGCUUCCGGUAUACUGCAGGGCCAUUCAUGGAUAUAUUGUGCGGCACGAAUUCAACUUCAACAUGCACCUCGGAACAUCUUUGAUUGAUUGCUAUGCCAAAACUGGCUGCCUUGAUUAUGCAUCCCGUUUGUUUUGGCGAGUCCCUUCGAGGAAUGUGACGCACUGGACUGCAAUGAUUUGUGGGGCCGCAGUGCAUCUUGGCGGUGAACUGGCCAUCCAGCUGUUUGAGGAGAUGAGUCUGAGUGGAGUUCAACCAAAUGAGAUGACAUUCACAGCUGUGCUCAGUGCAUGUCGGCAAGCUGGACUGGUGGAUCAAGGGAAGUUGUUCUUUAAACUUAUGGUUGACAAAUAUGGCCUUGAGCCGACUAUACAUCACUAUGGCUGCAUUGUUGAUCUCUAUGCAAAGGCUGGGAAACUGGAGGAGGCUUAUGAGGUUAUCAAGACCAUGAGAAUGGAGCCAAAUAUCAUCAUUUGGACUUCGUUGUUAGCAGCAUGCAAGAAGUUCAAAAAUUUUGACAUUGCAGUGGAGGGAAUGGAGAAAGCCUUGACAAUGGAGAUACCAGAAGAAAAUGGUGGAUUAUAUGCACUGAUUUCUGACCUGUAUGCUAUGGGUGGACGGUGGGAAGACGUGAUAAGGGUUAGGAAUUUGAUGGCAGAACGUAAUGUGAGGAAGAGCAGAGGAUCAAGCACCAUUCGGGUGGGUGAAACACAGGGCUUUACUCUUCCUACGGUCAGUUGAUUUUUCAUAUGGUUUCCAUAGGACCAUAGCCUGAAAGUUUUGGGACAGAAUGGAGGACUCUAAGCCUCUUUUGAUUAGCUUCACUGCUGAGGUAUUCAGAGGUUAACUUUGCAUGCUACUUGGUGAAUCUGUCUGAGGGCAUCGGUGGAAUGAAUACAUGUUUUUCUCUAUCUUUUCAGUGCUGCAUCGAGAAUUUGGGAUAAUCAAUGAUAUUAAGAUAUAUUGUUUGAUCAGGAUCUUGAACUGACCUAUUGGAAGACGAUUCGAUUUAUGCAUGGAGAUUACUCGAGUGCAAACUAAUGGCUUGCUUGAUAUCCUUGUCUUCUGGAUAGCCUCCUAUGUAGUGCAGUCAUAGUCAUCUGAUUCUUUAGUGGUUUUUCCUCUUGUUUAUAUGGAUCGGAUGAUAGCAAAGGACAUACUUGAGUAAUGGUUUUCAUGACUUCUUGUCAACGGCUUUCCAAACAUAAUCGAACAGCUCAACGGUUGAGUUGGUCCUACUACUCUCACUAAACUCUACAGUUGAUCAAUCACCUAGGAUGUUUUGUCGUUAACAUUUUACAAGUCCUGUAUCUCCAAUAAAUUCUGAAAGCUUUAUCCAGGUGAUAUUCUUUGUAAUCCAACUCCUGUUAAAUUUUAGCAUAGAUUGCAGAUUUUCCUGUGUUAUAACUUGCAAGUUAAAAAGUUCCUGUUGUGUCCAUUGGAUAUUCUAUUAGGAUCAAUUGUUGAAUAAUAUUACUUAUA